GAAGACGCCGACAAAAAGCCUCCACGUUGGACUCAAAUGAGGCAACAUUUCGGCUUCAGAAGCACCUUCAUCACCUGGUUCUUCUUCAUUAUCUCCAUGCUCUGCAUCGUCUACUCUUCCAACUUCAUGCUCACCACCGGCCAACGCAAAUGCCCCGUCGCCACCGCCGCCUCCAUUGACGAACAGCUUCAGACGCUCACCAACAUCUCCGCCGAAGAUGGAAGCGCAGAAGCUUCGUACACCUUACAACUCCCACAAAAAUCCCAGCGCUACGACACGGAGCUGAAGCACGUUGUUUUCGGGAUCGCCGCCUCGUCGGCUCUGUGGGAGAAGAGAAAGGAAUACAUAAAAGUGUGGUGGAGGCCGAAGGAAACCAGAGGGGUUGUUUGGUUGGAUAAAAGAGUAAGAACCAGAAGAAACGAAGGCCUGCCGGAGAUUCGGAUUUCCGGCGAGACCAAAAGAUUCAAAUACACGAACCGGCAGGGGCAGAGGUCGGCGCUGAGGAUUUCGAGGGUGAUUUCGGAGACUUUAAGGCUUGGGAUGAAGGAUGUGAGAUGGUUUGUGAUGGGUGACGACGACACUGUUUUCGUGGUGGAUAAUGUAGUGAGAACUCUUUCCAAGUACGAUCACCGGCAAUUCUAUUACGUCGGGAGCUCGUCGGAGAGUCAUGUUCAGAACAUAUAUUUCUCGUAUGCGAUGGCUUAUGGCGGCGGCGGAUUCGCCAUUAGCUAUCCUCUGGCACAGGAGCUGGCGAAGAUGCAGGACCGGUGCAUUCAGCGGUACCCGGGGUUGUAUGGCAGCGACGACAGGAUUCAGGCUUGCAUGGCUGAGCUUGGGGUCCCACUCACCAAGGAGCCUGGGUUUCAUCAGUAUGAUGUGUAUGGAGACCUAUUAGGGCUUUUGGGAGCCCAUCCAAUAACUCCAUUGGUGUCAGUUCACCACCUUGAUGUGGUGGAACCAAUAUUCCCACGCACCACAAGAGUAAAAGCCCUCCAACACCUCAUGCAAUCCGUCAGGCACGAUUCAGCAAGUAUAAUGCAGCAAUCAAUCUGCUAUGACAAGAAAAAGUAUUGGUCCAUCUCCAUCUCAUGGGGCUAUGUGGUUCAAAUCUUAAGGGGAGUCAUCUCGCCCAGAGAGCUGGAGAUGCCCACUAGAACCUUCCUUAAUUGGUACAAAAAAGCUGAUUACACAGCAUAUGCAUUCAACACUAGGCCUGUCACCAAGCAUCCGUGUCAGAAACCCUUUGUUUUCUACAUGAGCUCCUCCCGAUAUGAUCGAGCCCGGAAGCAGGUCGUUGGGGUUUACUCUCGUCAUAAAUCUCGCUCCCCUUAUUGUCGUUGGAAGAUGAACUCGCCGGAGAAAAUCGAUUCCGUCAUAGUCUUGAAAAAACCAGACCCUCUUCGUUGGCAGAAGUCACCAAGAAGGGAUUGUUGUAGAGUUCUGCCAUCACAGAAGAGCUCAACAAUGUACUUGUGGGUGGGAAAUUGUCGAGAUGGAGAGAUUAGUCAGUUGUAGCAGCAUCAAGGAAAGCAUUAUUAUAAGAAUAAAAUCUAUGCUAAUUAAGAGUGCCAAUAGGAUCAGAACUCAGAAAGAGAGAUUUGCUAGCUUAGAUUACACAAUUAAAUCCACAGAAGAGAAGGAAUUUUGAAUCAACAACAUCACUGAUCCACGAAAUGAGUCUGAUAUAGAGUUUAGCUGUUUCUUGUUUUUCUUUGUUUAUUUCUUAUCAAUUUGUGUAUCUUGAUAUAUACAAGCAAGAUAUGCUCAAAAGUGCUAGCUGCUAUAUAUCUAUUUGUGUAAAAAGAUAAAGAGGAAAACCUUUAUUGUGAUACUUUCAUUAUAACACACUUUCAAAAGUGUUCUUGGAGUACUCUUAUCUCUUGCAAACAUGUCCCAACACAAAGCUGAAAGAAGCAUAUCCUGCUGACGGUUCUGCAAUCCGAUUUACUCGCCGGAGAAGGCCCUUCAGUCUCAUUAUUGCUUGUGAGAUUCAGAGAGUCUGAGGCUAUUGGUGAUAUAGCCGCCGCUGCCAGGAUAGCUACAUCAAUAUCAUUGAAAAGCACCGGCAUCUUAAUUUGAUGUAUAGCAGCAA